CCCAGCUCUCCCCACCCUUUGUAUCGAACACCCCCAUGAAUCGUCUCCCAUUUCCUCUUGCACACACCCCCCAAAUUCCUCCCCUUCAUCCCCCCAUGUCCUUAGUCCACCCCCGCUCCUCCCUUGCUUUCCAUCUCACACACACACACCCUGCUCUGGAUCUGGGGGGAUCAAAGGAGCUUCCCCCAGGCUGAGCUGCCCCAGCCCCUCCUGGGAUGUGACAUGGGCAGGGGAUUGGAGUCCAGCUGCAGAGGACCGAACUCUUCUGUGCUGUGGGAAAUUGAGGCACGGGGAAGGUCUGCACAGCUGGGAGAACAGUGCCACAGCUUCACACCUGCCCUGCGCCCGUCACAGCUCAGCUUGCUGAGCACAAGGGCUGGGCCUGGCUUCAUCCCGUGGCAGGUGACAUGCUCUUUGUAGGGAGUGUGGGUGUUCAUUGACAGCACAGUAUGCCCUGGCUUAGAGGGAAUCCUCCAAGAGGAGAUCCAAGCAGGAGCAAGACCCAUGAAGCCACAGCUGUGGUCAACCUGAAAGCACCAGGGGAAACUAAACCACCCCAGUGUUGAGAGACCCUUGGUGGCACUCGCUCCCAUACACAAAUCGCAUGCAGGGAGGCUGUAAAUUACACCUCCCCACCAUGUCACCAGACCACUGUGACCAGGGGACCCAUAAAAGAGGAGAGAUAGGGCUGAGAAGGGAUUCUGGCUUCCCACACUGCUGGAGCAGCCUCGAGGCUGCUGUCACCUCACAUCCUGUGUCAGCCCUGGCUCAUGCUGGGGAACACUCUGGCGGUUUUCCUCAGCCCCACCACAGCCCCCACCAAGCCUUCAGCCUCGCCAAGGAGCCUCUGCUCUCUUUCCCAUCCCUCCUCCCCCUCUGUGGCCUCGGUGGCUCUGGCCCAGGGCAGAACAAUGCAGCCGGUCCAAGGCUCCGUGCGGCCCCGUCCCUCAGCCAGCCCUUGGCCAAGUGGGAAAUCCGGGGCAGAGUAACCUACUUUCUGUGCUCACAAGGAGCUUCUGUCCCAGCCAAGCAAGGUGGUGAGGACAGCGCUGCCCUCACAGGGCUCUGCGUCCCGGUGGGCUGCUGUGGGGACGGGGGAGGCAGGGAUGGUUGUGGGACCCUCCUGGGGCGCAUCCCUGCCGCCCCCCGCCAUGCCCGCCGCCCUUCGCCUGCUCUGCGGGGUGGUGGUGCCGGCUGCCGUGCUCUGCGCAGAGCCCCUGCCCCGCGUCACCUUCCCCAGCGGGGACCCCCGGCGGACCCUCACCCACUUCAGCCAGGACAAUGUCUCCCAUUACGACGUCUUCCUCCUGGAUGAGAGCAAGGAGGAGCUGUACGUGGGGGCACGCGACCGGGUGCUGGCCCUCGCUGUCGGCACCCCCGGCAGCAUCCGUGCCAAAGCCUCGAUAACAUGGGGACCCACAGCUGAGAAAACCUCCGAAUGUGCUUUUAAGAAGAAGAGCCAAGAGACCGAGUGCUUCAACUUCAUCCGAGUCCUGGUGGCCCUGAACCAGACCCAUCUCUACGUCUGCGGGACCUAUGCCUUCAGCCCCGCGUGCACCUACAUCCACCUGGAAAACUUCACACUCAUGUCCAGUGGCAGAGGACAACCCUUCCUGGAUGGGAAGGGCCAGUGCCCCUUUGAUCCGCAGCACACCUACACGGCCCUGCUGGUGGACGGUGAGCUCUACGCCGGCACCAUGAACAACUUCCAGGGCAACGAGCCCAUCAUCUCCCGCUCACUGGGUACCCGCACCCUGCUCAAGACAGACGCCUUCCUCCGCUGGCUCUCGGCCGACGCCGCCUUCGUGGCCUCCUUCAGCAUCCCUGGGGACGACAAGGUCUACUUCUUCUUUGAGGAGACAGCGGACGAGUUUGACUUCUUCGAGCGGCUCCUGGUGCCGCGGGUGGCCCGUGUCUGCAAGAGUGAUGUAGGGGGGGACAAGGUGCUGCAGAAGAAGUGGACAACUUUCCUGAAGGCGCAGCUGGUGUGCUCCCAGGCCGGCCGCUUCCCCUUCAACGUCAUCCACCACGCCUUUGCCCUGCCCCGCCACGACGGCCGCGCUGACUUCUACGCCGUCUUCACCUCGCAGUGGCAGGCGGGCAGGGCGGGCAGCGCCGCCAUCUGCGCCUACAGUCAGGAGGAUCUGGAGAAGGUCUUCGAGGGCAAGUACAAGGAGCUGAACAAGGAGAGCUCUCGCUGGACCGUCUACAGUGGCGCCGACAUGACUCCCCGGCCUGGCAGCUGCGCCAUGGGUCCCUCCUCAGACAAAGCCCUCAGCUUCAUGAAGGAGCAUUUCCUGAUGGACGGGAAGGUGUCACCCAUCCAGGGGCGGCCUCUCCUGGUGAAGUCAGACGUCACCUACACGCGCAUCACAGUGGAUGAGACUCGCGGCAUCUCAGGGGUCACCUAUCGUGUCAUGUUCCUGGCCACAGCGGAGGGUUUCCUACACAAGGCAGUGGAGCUGCCCAAGGGUCCCCACAUCGUGGAGAGCAUCCAGCUCUUUGCGAUGCCAGAGCCGGUGAAGAACCUGCUGCUGGCCCCAGGGAAGGGCAUCCUCUAUGUGGGCUACUCCAGAGGCGUCCUGCAGGUCCCGCUGGCCAACUGCAGCCUGCACCAGAGCUGCGCCGAGUGUGUGCUGGCACGGGACCCCUACUGCGCCUGGCACAGCUCCGAGGGCUCCUGCCAGCCUGCCCGCCUCGCCACCGAGGACACGAGUGCGUGGCUGCAGGACGUUGAGACAGGGAGCCCGGUCACCACGUGCCACCACAGGAGGAGUGCAGGCAUGCCCCGAGCCUGGGGGGCACCAGAGGAUCCCACCGUGCAGGAGCUCAGCCCUCAGCCGAACACCGUGGUCCAGCUGCCGUGCCCCCGCAACUCUGCACUGGCCACCUACAGCUGGCAGCAGCCCAGCAGCGGCCAGGGGAACAUGGUGCUGCUGCCUGACCACACGCUGGUGGUCAUCAUGCAGGAGGAUACGGCUGGCACCUACAAGUGCCAGGCCACAGAGAACGGCUACACCUGGACCGUGGCUCACUACCAGCUCAGGGACCCUGACGAGGCGGCCUCAGGGGAUGGGCUGGAUGAGGAGGAGUUGGCCGGGGGGCCAUCGGGCCCUGGCACCCCCCGGUCAUACUGGCCACAGUUUGUCGCGGUGACAGUGCUGCUGGCGGGGACGCUGACCGUGGCUGCCUGCCUGGCCCUCCUCGCCUACCGUGACCAGCUCAAAGCUCGGAGCAAGGUGCGGGGCUGCAGCACGGCCCACAGCCCCCCGUCCCGCCACCGGGAGAAGGUGCCCCUCAAUGGGGGCAGCGCAGAGCCCCCAGCACCUGGAGCUGCCACCGAGGAGGAGGAGGAGGAUGAAGGCUCCCAGGCUUGCUGCCUCCAGCUUGAUGGGGACAUCGAUGUGGAUAACAACCGACUGCAUGUGCCAGCGGGGGACACGGCGUGACACUGCCAGCGGGUCAGGGAGACCCUGGGGAGGGGGGAUAUGGGGAAGGGUGUGAAUGUGAAAGGGUUUUUGGUUUGUUUUUUUUUUAUUUAAUACACCUGUUUUAACAUAAGGUUCACGUUCUGGGGGAGGAGGUGGAAUGGGCCCUGGGAGCAGCAGCAUGGGGCAACAGGGUGGGAUGGGGCAGGGGAGUGGGAUGGGGAGAGAGUGGAGGGCAAAAGAAAGUCGUAGGGACAGGGAAAGGAUGUGGCACAGAGGAGAAAUGUGGCCGUGGGGCAAGGACGUGGGGUGGAAAUGGUGAAUGCUGACACUGGUAUUACCCCAGAAAAAACCCCAGGUUCCAUAAAAAGCUCAACAUGGGACAAAGCGGUGCUCAGUGGGCUCCGUAAGCCAACCCCAUGGGCACCCACCCCGCACUGCCACCCGCUCCUCAACACCGCAUGAUCCCGCCCCUUGGGCCCCCCGGGUGGCAGAGGCCCCCGCCUCUCCCUAGCUGUCCCCCCGACCCCAUUUCCAAUGUCUUUGAUCUGCCUUUUUGAAGUCAAACCAGCUGUACAUUUUCCUGCUCUUUGCUUUUUUAUUAAAAAAGGAAAACUCAA